AUGGAGGCGGAGUUACAAAAGUUUCGACAAAAUCAAGAUGAAGAAGGUGAGAGAUUUAGUUGCAGUCAACAUCACCGACGAGGUUACCACCAGCAACGACCACCACAUUAUCACAUACAACCGCAACUAGAUCUAGAUCACCUAAAUGAAUGGAGUGACUCUGAGUUUGAAGUGAUGGCUGAACCACCAUCACAACACUACAAGCAACAACCACGGCAACUUGAUCAACUGACUGACGCGGGUGAGACUUCUUCAAAUGAGGAGUGCGAAUGGGGUUUUUGCCUCGUAACGAGACAAAAUCAACAUCUUUCAGAGGCAGAUCUAUUAAUACCUCUUUUUAAAAAGAAUCUUAGUUUUGAUGAAUUUAGUGAGUGGGUAACGGAAGUCGAAAGGUUUUUUGAGUUUUAUGAAAUCCCGGAGGAUGAACAAGUAGAAUUCGUAGCCUACAGAUUGGAAGAACAGGCUUUCUCAUGGUGGGAACUAAUCCAAAAUCUAAACAGGCGAUUCAAUAAACAACCGAUUAAGGAGUGGACAGAGAUGAAGGAGAUGUUGAUGGCCCGAUUCCUAGAUAUAAAUUGUUUCGUAACAGAGGAAUAUCAGUCGUCUCAUGCUGAAUCAUAA